CUGCCCGCCCGCCUUAAAUGUGACACCGGCGCCUCGGAGUGCGACCCACAGCCGCCGCCGGAAAGGGGACGAGCACCAUGUCGAAUCUGAGCAAAGGCACGGGCAGCCGGAAGGACACCAAGAUGCGGAUCCGGGCCUUUCCGAUGACCAUGGAUGAAAAAUAUGUAAACAGCAUUUGGGACCUUCUGAAAAAUGCAAUUCAAGAAAUCCAGCGUAAGAAUAACAGUGGUCUUAGUUUUGAGGAGCUCUAUAGAAAUGCAUAUACAAUGGUUUUGCAUAAACAUGGAGAAAAGCUCUACACUGGACUAAGAGAAGUUGUUACCGAACAUCUCAUAAAUAAGGUGCGAGAGGAUGUACUUAAUUCAUUGAAUAACAACUUUCUUCAAACGCUAAAUCAAGCUUGGAAUGAUCAUCAAACAGCUAUGGUGAUGAUUAGAGACAUACUAAUGUAUAUGGACCGUGUAUAUGUACAACAAAAUAAUGUGGAGAAUGUCUACAAUUUGGGAUUAAUUAUUUUUCGAGAUCAAGUUGUACGUUAUGGGUGUAUUAGAGAUCAUCUACGACAAACAUUAUUGGAUAUGAUUGCAAGAGAGCGGAAAGGAGAAGUUGUAGACCGAGGCGCGAUCAGAAAUGCGUGCCAGAUGCUGAUGAUUUUAGGUCUUGAAGGACGAUCAGUCUAUGAAGAAGAUUUUGAGGCUCCUUUUUUGGAAAUGUCUGCAGAAUUUUUUCAGAUGGAAAGCCAGAAAUUUUUAGCAGAAAACAGUGCUUCAGUAUAUAUAAAGAAAGUAGAAGCUAGAAUUAAUGAAGAAAUAGAACGGGUGAUGCACUGCCUUGACAAAUCAACUGAAGAGCCAAUUGUAAAGGUGGUUGAGAGGGAACUUAUUUCCAAGCACAUGAAAACUAUAGUAGAAAUGGAGAAUUCUGGGCUAGUACAUAUGUUGAAAAAUGGAAAGACAGAAGACCUUGCUUGCAUGUACAAGUUAUUUAGUCGUGUGCCAAAUGGUUUGAAAACAAUGUGUGAGUGUAUGAGUUCCUAUUUGAGGGAGCAGGGUAAAGCCCUGGUUUCUGAGGAAGGCGAAGGAAAGAAUCCUGUUGACUAUAUCCAGCUAACAGAACAAGAAGUAGAAACAAUAUUGGAUAAGGCAAUGGUCCUUUUUAGGUUUAUGCAAGAAAAAGAUGUAUUUGAACGUUAUUAUAAACAACACUUGGCAAGGAGACUUCUCACAAAUAAAAGUGUUUCUGAUGACUCUGAAAAAAAUAUGAUAUCUAAGUUAAAGACUGAGUGUGGAUGUCAGUUCACAUCAAAACUGGAAGGAAUGUUUAGGGAUAUGAGCAUCUCAAACACAACUAUGGAUGAAUUCCGGCAACAUCUGCAGGCAACUGGGGUAUCUUUAGGUGGUGUUGAUCUCACGGUUCGGGUGCUCACAACAGGAUAUUGGCCCACUCAGUCAGCCACACCAAAGUGCAACAUCCCACCAGCACCAAGACAUGCUUUUGAGAUAUUCAGAAGGUUUUACUUAGCGAAACACAGUGGUCGACAGCUCACACUGCAGCAUCAUAUGGGUUCUGCAGAUCUCAAUGCCACCUUCUAUGGACCAGUUAAAAAGGAAGAUGGAUCUGAGGUUGGUGUUGGAGGGGCGCAGGUCACUGGCUCUAAUACCCGGAAGCACAUACUGCAAGUCUCCACUUUCCAGAUGACCAUAUUGAUGCUCUUUAAUAACAGAGAAAAAUACACGUUUGAGGAAAUUCAACAAGAAACAGAUAUCCCUGAGAGGGAGCUUGUUAGAGCCCUGCAGUCCCUCGCCUGCGGUAAACCAACGCAGCGGGUUCUCACCAAAGAACCCAAGUCAAAGGAAAUAGAAAAUGGUCACAUAUUCACUGUUAAUGAUCAGUUCACAUCCAAACUACACAGAGUCAAGAUUCAAACAGUUGCUGCCAAACAAGGUGAAUCUGACCCAGAAAGGAAAGAAACAAGGCAGAAAGUAGAUGACGACAGGAAACAUGAGAUAGAAGCUGCUAUAGUGCGGAUAAUGAAAUCUAGGAAGAAGAUGCAACACAACGUGUUAGUAGCAGAGGUAACUCAGCAGUUGAAGGCUCGAUUCUUACCAAGUCCAGUUGUUAUUAAGAAACGUAUUGAAGGACUUAUUGAAAGAGAAUACUUGGCACGAACACCUGAGGAUCGCAAAGUAUACACAUAUGUAGCAUAAAAUGCGUUCAGAAAUUUGAUUUAUUGGACUGUACUCUUCGCAUGGACUUGGAAGUUCUUUUAAGUAAUUAAAUAUUAAGACAACCAUCUCUUCUAGUAAAUUACAGUACAUGUUCUAGACCAUUCAGAUCAAGCCUUUACUCCCUUUGAGAGUUUUCAACGUCAAUUGAUUGAGCUACAGGCUUUACGACGUUUAUCCCUGUAGAGAUCAUCUUUACAGUUCCUCGGGAAAAUGUGAAUGUGCCGCGUUUUGUUUUCAAUACUGUAUGAAAACAGGAAAAAAAUAAAACAAAUUUAGAAAAUACAGCUCAUUAAAAUAAAAUUGUUGGAUUUCAUUUCCCCAGGUCUUCAGUGUUGAUGUAAAUGUGUUUUUGUAGUGUUGCUUAGCACUUUGCGCAUUGUAUAAGUUGGGUAACAAAAAUGGUAAAAGAAAUGACACAAUUCCCAAUUAUCUUGCUCUGCUUAAGGCAUUUCUUUAGCUAGUCUUGUUUAAUUUAAAGGUUUGAUAAAUAUACAAAGACCCAAGCAUACAAUUUGAGCAUGCUUUUAUCCUACCACUUGCACUUACUAAUCUUACCGCCUUAUGACCAGGAACCUUUGUUUUGGGCUCAAUACGCACCCUGAUUUGUUUUUUCCCUAUUGUAAUUUGAGAUUUCCCAAAUUGAGUUUUAUAAUGAUUAGGUUUUGUUCUGCAUUAUCUCUAGAGAAAGAAAAUAUUUUAGUAUGUAUAAAUUGUACAAUAAUUUUUUGCUGUUGUACUCACUGCUAAUAGUGGAUUGUAUAGGGCAGUGUUUUUAUUUCGUUUAUUGUUGACAGAAAUAAAUGAAGUUAGCAUACACAUACCCACUAAUUCAAGUAUGUCAGAGCACAACAUUGGCAGCUGGUUAUAUUUAAUUCAGCCCCUUUGAAAAGCACACAUAGUCUACACUUUGUUUAUAAAAUAUCGUCGGUUUCCCCU